UAAAGAGAGAGAGAGAAAGAGAGGAAAGAGUAAAUUAAACAUAAUAGGAAUAAAAAAACGAUGCAAGGUUAGUUCCACCUAAGCAGGUAACGGAAAAAAUUGAACAGAAUAGUUUCGAAUCAAGUGUUCUGAAUUCGAAGUUAUGGGUUCUGAGAAAAAUCGUUUGGUAAAAAUGUAGUGCGGGAGCUACCUACCACUCCUCUGGACGUGAAUCCGACAUGCUUGCCGAACACGGACUAUGGCGCUUACUCCAUGGAGCGGAAGUUUACUUUUGCAAACGAUUUUUGAAACAUUCGAAUUAGUGCUAUAUUAAAAAUAUUCGAAUGGCAGGAAAAAUAGUGAAAGAAAAGCGAUGAAGGAUUUCAUGUUCCGGAAAGAGCUCCGAAUGUGCGAUUUCCGGAAGCAGUGAAAUUCCAGAACUAAAGCCAGAAGAGCCGGGGGGCCAGGCCAUGAAAGCCGUUGCGAUGGAUACGGCGGAAGACAGCCUCAGCCAGAACAGCGACGAACAGCUGGUCUCUCUGCAGAUCUACGUCCCCGAACUGGUAGUACAGAAAUGUAUGCAGUUCAACAGAGAUGAACUAAUAUGGGACGUAAAGAACCAGAUAUUGGCAGCGCUUCCAAAGGAGUUGAAGGAAGGCUUCAACUACGGCCUGUUCUGCCCUCCGGUGAAUGGAAGGGCGGGGAAGUUUCUGGACGAGGAGCGACCCCUGGCGGACUACCCCUUUACAGACAAUUCGGCUUAUGUCGAAUUGAGGUAUAAACGUAGGAUAUAUAAAAUUAACAUGGAAGAAAAACAGCUGAAACAAUUACAUAGUAGGUCCAAUCUUCGUCGACUUAUCGACCACAUCCACAACAAUCAGGUAGAGAAGAUAACUAAAAUGUGCUCAAGAGGAUUAGAUCCCAACUUCCAUUGCCAGGAAACUGGAGAAUCUCCACUGACCCUGGCGACCUCCCUGAAGCAUCCGGCGAAGGUGAUCAUGGCGUUAGUAAACGGAGGAGCUCACUUAGAUUUUCGCACAAAAGACGGGGCCACCGUGCUUCACAAAGCAGUCGAGAAGAACAACCUGGAAGCGCUCAGGACGCUUCUGGAUCUUGGCUCGUCCCCCAAUUACAAGGAUUCUCGGGGCUUGACUACCUUGUAUUACUCCGUCUUGUACAACAGCAAUCCGCAGCUCACCGAAAUGUUGCUCCACGAUCAUGCCUUCAUCGGAACGGCAGAUCCGCACGGAUGGCAAGAAGUGCAUCAGGCUUGUAAAUACGGUCUCGUUCAACACCUGGAGCACUUGCUGUUUUAUGGCGCUGACAUGAACGCGAGGAAUGCGAGCGGGAACACGCCAUUGCACGUCUGCGCAGUUAACGACCAGGAGAGCUGUGCCAGGGUGCUCCUCUUCAGAGGUGCCGACAAGAACGCCCUUAACUAUGCUAAUCAGAACCCCCACCAAGUGGCCAUCAUUGCAGGAAACCUCCGACUGGCCGAGAUUAUUAAAAACCACAAACCGGAAGAUGUGGUGCCAUACCGAGAGGCACCGAGAUACAACCCAAGGCGGCGGACCAGCGCAGCCAAUAUGGGCACCACCAGCCAGAACCACAGUGAUCCGCGUCUGGAACUGGUCAUAUCAGGCGGGAAACCCCCCUCUCCCUGCCCUUCCAACCACUCCCUGCCGCACUUAUCCAGCUCCGAUGGAGGCAUACCUCACUCCGUGUCCGGGGAAGAGGACACGGACGAAUCCGGAGGAACGCUGGUCAAUCAUUCUACUGCAGCAGUCGAAACAAGUGGCGCGGGCGCUAACGGCAGUGGCACAGAUUCGGACCCCUUUGACUCUGCAAAAUCUACUCCCAUGAUGGAGGCCGUUUGUGUUUGUGUCGAAGAAUACAACCCCUCGACUUCGGGACACUUACAACUGGCCAAGGGAGAUCUGGUGGAAAUUCUCGCCGUCAGUGGCAGCGGUUAUCUGGAAGGCCGCCGUCGAGAUGGUGAAGAAGGCCUAUUCCCAGCUGCCUGCAUCCAAGAGAUGACCAUCCGCUGCGCGGACACCUUGCCACCGGGAGGGCGUCUUAGAGCCAACGCCACUCGCAAUCUGAAUGCCAACAGAAAAUGGAAAACUUUCGGGGAGCCAAGAACAGUCAUACUUCAUAAAGGGAAAAAAGGAUUUGGUUUCAUCUUAAGAGGUGCUAAAGCUACAAGUCCUUUGAUGGAAAGACAGCCCACUGAGUUUUGGCCUAGCUUGCAGUAUCUAGACGACGUCGAUAAAGGAGGUGUUGCGGAAAUGGCGGGAUUGAAAAAAGGUGACUUCUUACUAGAGAUUAACGGUGUUGACGUGUCCCAAGCAUCCCACGAGCGCGUGGUGGCCAUCAUUCGGCAGUCCGGUGAUCUGGUGUCGAUGACUGUCGUCACAGUGAUCCAGCAGUCGGCAGCAACGUUACCACCCACCGAGAAGCCCCAGCUGAUUAACAGACAAUGCGCGACGUUGCCCCGGAAACUCUCCACCAAAAAGGCUCCUUUGCCGCCUAAAAGGGAUCCCAAGACGACAUUAUCCGUUGGAAGAGCCAGGGCUCGGUCGAUGGUAGCUGGCCUCGCCGAAAUUGAGGUGUUGGAUCACACUCUGAAUGAAUACGAUUCAGAGGGGCGAUCCACAAAGAGUAGUUCCGUCGAAAGCAUCCCGAACAAACCAAGCAGCAGCGCCACUCCGGAGAGCACGGCAACUACGACGCCGACCACCGCCACAACAACACCGACUUCUAACCAUCAGACUACCACCAGUGCCAGAACCCGAGUAUCCGCACACCAUGUCAGUGCCACUGAAUUGGAGGAUUUCUUUGCCAGGCACUUAUCGGGCGCAAGGCAUCAUGGGACAAUAAGAAACAGAUACGCCACAUUGGCCAGAAUACACAAGAUGAAACAUCAUAAGCGCUCUAAACAUAAAAGUAAAGAUGAAGCCGAUUACAGGAUUCCCAAAAACUACAGCAGUACUCCUGAGCUGACUUUCCCAGCGACGUCCGAGUACGAAACGGUGACUCACUUCAAAAGAAGCCGAAGCCUCAGCGACUUGCACGUCCGGCAUUCGGGGCGGCACGCGUGGGUAGGAUCGAAAGGAUCUGGUGGAAGAGAACACAGGCACAAGAGCAGGGAAAAGCCCUUACAGCGACAACACUCCAUACCAGAAGCCUCGAAAGCUGCCCACGGCGACAGAUCUGCCACUCCGGAGCCAUCGGGACCAUCCCUCAUCAAACAAAAUGGCUCAGAUAUUUAUGCAGAAACGGUACCAGUAUCGGUAAAGUCCAGUGACAAAUCAUCUGGACGAGCUAGUUGUCCUCCCCCAUCUUAUCCUCCUCCACCUCCCCCCGUAGGACAGGUUGUCAAAGUCGAUGUAUCCCGUGGGGAGUAUGCUGACUUGACAACGGGCAGACAGCACAAAUCCACGGCCAUCAUGUCUAGUUUUAGACCCACGGACAGUGCAAAACUGUACGCUUCUCCGGAUAACUUCAUCACUGUUGGAUAUAAGAAAGAACAUCAGCAGAAAUGCGAUACAACCCUACCGAAGCACAUGAAGGGAUCUGGGUCCAGGUCCCAGUCCUUGCCACCGAAAAUGCCUCAAACUUCCACCUCGGUUUCCGGAUCAGCCUCGGGUGGUAGGAGCAGUGCGGCGUCGCUUGAAGCUGAUAAUAGUAGUGGAGAUUCUGCGAGCACAUAUACGCCGUUCAAGGGCUCUCACCGGUCCAGGGACCAUACCGGAGAUCAGUCUGGCCUUCAGUCAGACCGUAGAGGUACUUUGAGGAAGGUCAAACACCAAGGGAAAUUCCCAGCUGCUGUGUCAGAAUCGGCAAGUCCUAAGCAUUAUCCUACUUUGUCCCAAGAACCAGAUUAUGACACCAGCGAAGAGGAUGAUCCAACCACUGCAAUAGAAGUAAAGAGUGGACUUGUAACCUUCAAGGCAGUUGAUAACGAAGCACCGAAAGAACAGGUGGAGGAUUCAAAAGCAAAACAAGUCACAGAAGUAGCAAAUACUAACAUGACGCUGCGCAGGAAGAGGCUGAAGUCGCAAGCAUCCGUUGAUUCGGCCAAAUUGCAAGCCGAAAUUGAAGAAUCGUUGAAUGAAGAAGAUAACAAUGUGCAAAAUCUGAAAUCUGCGGAUAAACCAGACGGGGCACCGUCUGAUGUUGUUUUGUCAGAAGAAACAGGCGAACGGAUAUUCUUAGGGAAGGAAAAUCCUAAUGAAGCCGAAAGACCUAAGAAAGUAGCUCCAGUUCCGCCACCCAAAAAGUCAGAUGAAAGUUCGAAAUUAAAAGAUAAUGAUUCUUCACAAGAUCGGGAAAUGAAUUCGAAAGCUAUUCGUGAAGCAUUUGAAAAGCAGAAUCCUUCUUCAGACCAGGAAACCACGAUCAAGCAGCCUGGUAAGGAGCCUAUAGCUUUUAAAGCAACUAUAGUCCUGAAACAGACUGAAGUUGUUGGAAAAGAUACGAAAGAAACUCCUUUUAGAAUUAAAAAUAAGGAAUUAAUACAUCAGCAUAGUGCACAUGAAUUACUGCAUUUAAAGAAUAAAGAUGAAACGUUCAGAAGAGACAAUAAAGAUGUUACAAAUAGGGAAAAACUGGUGAAAUCUCCAUCACAGGGAUUUAAGGAAAGACUUAAUGACACUUUAGAUAUGGCAAACCAAAAAGCUCUGAAUAUACAAAACGAUAAUCGAAAUAAAAUCGAUUCAAAUUCCAAUCAGAAGGUCGCGCCUGCUGUACCAAAGAAACCCAAACAGGAUGAAGUUAAGGCGCAAGAUGAAAUUACAGAGACGUCAGACAGAAUAAAAUCACUUCAAAUUGAAAAUAAUAACGAAGAAGGGAAUACAUCUCCUAUUAUAGAUGCAGCUUCUCGUUCCGUUAAGGAAAAUAUAUACAAUUUCGAAAAGAGAAGUAAUGAAUUGACAACAAAAGUUAACCUUUCUCCAAGAAGAAAAAGCGAUGUAAUAAAAAUUACUUUGGUUGGAUCACAGCAAAAAGGAAAUGAAUUAGAAAAAGUUCCACCUGCUCCAUCUAUGAAAACUUCAAAGUCUUGUCCGAAAACUUUCGAAGAGGAUGUUGAUUUAGAUGUGGAGAAUGCGCUCACAACUGCUAUGCUACACUCAGACGCGCAUAAUCAGGUUACUCGAUUUUCAGCUGAAACUCCAACCACUACAAUUGCAUCAACUAAUUUUAAUGAUGAAUGGAGAAGACCUGACGUAGUUUCACCCGUAAAUGUUCCACAAUAUGUAGAAACUGGCGUGAAGAAACCUCCGGAUACACCUCCAAAAAGUACAAUGUCUAGGCGAGUUGACAAUUACAACAAAAUUCAAACUCUGGGCCGUAAAUCCAGUGAAAGGGACAUAGAUUUUCAAGAUGUUGAAUCUACUCAUUUCACAGAGACGAUGACUCUAAAUAGGCAGAGCUUGGCUAAAAGUGAAGCGGCGAAGUUUCAGCAAUAUCCAGAAUCUAUUCUCCAGGCUGGAAGAGAUCACCAUCAAACCAGAGUUCCAGUCUUACCUCCAAAUGCAAGCCCACCGACAACAAUGCUGCCUCCUUCCAAAAACGAUUACUCUCAGCAACAGCAUAACAGAAAUAUGCCACCCACGAGUACCGGAGCUUAUUUACCGAAUGCAAAUAUGCCCUCCAAUUUAGAACAAAUACAUCUUCCACCAAACAUUCCUUUGGAAGUGUCACAAAAAAUUAUUGCCGAGCACAUGGCAAACAUGAAAAACAGAGAAGCAUUCGAUGAACCUCACGAUAUCCAUCAACAAAUGCAACAAGUAAGACCUCCAGGCCCUAUGUCGGCGCAAGCUAGGCUGUUGGACCACAGGCAUGUAAAAGUAGCAGCCCCAGCUCCAAACAGAGUAUCUCCACCCAAAACUCGGGAAGACGACGAAUGUCUCAAACUCUGCCAGCGUGUCGAUAAGAGCUUACAACUUAUUCGUCUUCAAGUUGAUUCUUUAAGAAUGGCUGCUGCAAGUGAGCCAGAAGUAAUCACAGAACUUGUACCACCUCCACCUGAAUUCAAUUUCGCUGCACCACAUCAUGGCAUGGGACCUCAGCAGCCACCUCAACCAAUGCAUAUUGCUCCACCUCCUGAAUUUAGUGACGAGUCCCUCGCUAGACAGCGAAGAGCUCAGCAAAAUAUGAUCACUACUAUGGACGCUCCAAUAAGCCGGCGCACCGUUCCUCCGGAUACAGCAAAUUAUCCCUAUCCGGAGCAUUUAUACAGAGGUUACCACCCUUCCAUGCAGUCUCCUCAAGAUCACCCGCACCACAUGACCAUGCAUCACCCUCCACAUAACAUGAUGCCAAACAACAUGACAGCUUCCCCAACUAAAACUAUGACAUUAUCUCGUAGUGGGUACCCUCCUCAUCAUGCUAUGCCUCCCCACCAGCAAAUUCGGCACGAGAGUAACUGUAAUACUCUUCCGCACCCUGGAUCAAGAAUGAUGAUACCACCGCAAGCCCUCCAGCAACAGCAUGCAAUGUCCCAUCAUCGUCCUCAGCAACCACCGCAACAGCAACCGCAGCAUCCUUAUCCUCAGCAGGGCAGAACAACAAGAGACUCCCCACGAAUGAUGGGUCCGGGACAGAUACCUCCUAUACCACAGCAUAAAGAGUUCAGACAAAAGCCAUUGCAUCAGUGGAACAUGAAAGACGUUUCGGACUGGCUGGAAAGUUUGUUUCUGCCCGAGUACAAAAUUACAUUUGCUGAAGCUGGUAUAACGGGUUCAAAAUUAGCUAAUAUGGACAAUAACGAUUUGAUGGGCCUAGGGGUGAAACAAGCUGGACAUAGACUUAAUAUGGAAAGGUCAAUAAAAUGGUAUCUAAAAUAACAUAGUGUAGAAUUAUUGAUGCCAAAUAUUGUAUACUAACUAUGUGAAAUACGGAACAAUUUGCGAAUUGCAAUAUUUUGAAAUUUUUAACAAAAUGUGAAUCCUAGUCACGACGGGAAAUAAAAUAAGAUUUCAUAAAACUAAGAUUAAGAGUGGCUUAUGCUAAAAAGAAAAACAGAAGGUUACAGAAGUAUUACCUUUAUAUGAUUUCAGUAAUAAACAAGAAAUGAAUUUCAUAUCGCAUUCAAUCAUAGAAAACAAGGAAAUGGCAAGAAUUAAAUGAAAACUAAACACGAAAUUGCUUUGCAGCUUUCUCCAUGUGCUCAAUAAAGGAUGUCCGCCACUGAGUAUUUAAUCAUCUUGAAAAUAUAGAAUUUGGCAAAAAGUAUCUCAAACCUAUAAAAAUUAAUAAAAUCAUGAAGAAUAUUAUCAAAGUCAAACAUUGAAUUUGAAAUUUAGUAAGAACUAUAAUAUAAAAGCACAUCUAAAUAACUUUCCUCAAAAUAUAAAAAAAAACAUCACCAUAUUCUUCAUAUUAUAAAAAUAUUAUGAAAAUUUGAAGGUUAAAAUAUAAGUAAGUGACAUCCUUUAUUGUUGUUUAUUGUUUAUUUCAAGUGACGUUUAUGCAAAAAAAUAAAUUUUUAGAUACUUGCUGUCAUUAAUAACGCGCAUGUCAUAAAAUCAUAUUCUUUUAUAUAUUUAUCACUUGCUAUAUCUGUUCUAAAAAUGUGGAAUAUCUUUAAAAUAGCUUUAGUUAAUAAGGAGACAAAACAGUAUGAGAUUUUUAUUUCAUGUUCUAAAAAUUACAAAACAAUAAUUUAGAAAUAUUAUUUAUUCAGUUAAAAUUUAUAGUCUUAAGAUAAAAUAAACUAGGCAGUUAAUCAAUUUAUAUAGACAGUGUGCUCUUUUUAUUUAUUUACCAUUUACGAAUUGAAAAAUCUAUACAAGAUUAGUUGGUACAUACGAAAGAUAUUUUUAUCUUUCUGUUCACUUUCCUCUAUGUACAUGUGUUAUCUUUGUGUAAAUAGUGACUGUUAAUUUAUAUCUUUUUUUUUUUUUCGAUUGUAAGGGAAAAAAAUCUAUGUGCUCAAUGAUGGGGCUGGUACCCUGUUUUAUUGUCUUCGUAAAAUGUUUCUCAGUUUUACAUGUGUAAAAGCCUUACUAAUGAAAUUUACAUGUGUAAAACAUUUCGUAAAUAUGAAUGCAUUAUAUGAUACUUCAAAGACCAAAGCAAGCUGAAAUUUCAACAGAUAAAAUAUUUAAAAAAAAAUUUAAAAAAAAUAGUCCCAUUGUAUAUUUUGACUUACCAUCUUGAUUUUAAAAAAAUGAAAUUUACUCGGCCACUUUCUUACAAUUUAUUACGCUGGCGUUUUCUCUUGAACACCAGAAAUUGAUUCAAUUUGUUAAAUAAUAAAAAAACUUUUAAUUUAUAAAUUGAUAUUAUUUUUUUAAAAUAUAACUACAUUUUUACAGCCUCAAUUGCACCGCUUACUUUGCAACUUGCUAAAUUUUGCAUUGUAUUUCCAGCCCUUUUUCACUAACAGUUUAAACGAGACAAAUCUUGAUCGCUAAAUUUUAAUUUUAUCUUUUAUUGAAUGAAAUAUUUUUCCAAUAAAAAUACAUUUCUCACUGAUUAAAUUAAAAAUAAGUGAACAUAAAAAUGGACUUAACUCAGUUUGUGGUUCAUUUUUAAGAAAUUUCAAAAAACUUCACGAACUAUCGUAAACAUAAUGACAAAAAAAAACUCCUAUUGUACAUAAUGUUUUAUUAUCACUUUUUUUCAGAUUCUUAGGAAAAUAAUCAAUGAUUGUCAAAAUUCAGUGCUGAGAAUGAAAUUCAAAAAAUAUGCUACAAUAUGUUCACAUUUUUUUACAUUCCAGGGCGGAACAAGCUAUCGACAGAAUGCCUAAAACGCUUAUCAAUCAAUAAUGACUUAUACUUGAAUAACUUCAUUUACAAAACGAAGACUUCAUUUACAGGAAACAAAAUAGAGCAGUUCUUCUAUAUCUACAUCUUACAAUAAGUCCGUUAAUUUCGAAAUAAAAUAAGUUGAAUAAGGCAAAUAUAUAAUGAAACAGAGUUCAACUUCUUAAAAGGAAAUCAAAUUUCUUAUAAGUUUCAUGAAUACAAAAAAAGGCUUUCAUAGUUGAAAAAAUGAUAGAAUUUUAAAGGACAUUGUUUGAAAUAUCUGACAUGAAACAUAUCCUUAAAAUGAAAUAACCUUUUUUCAAAAUAAUCACUAUUUACACAUUUUCCAAUUUAAGCUUCAAUAAGCUAUUGGAAAAAAUGUGAGGAUAAUUUUUUUUUAAUUUGAAAGGGAUAUAAAAUUUAAAAUUAACGAUAACGAGAAAUCUGAAAUUUAAAUUUAAAAUUCCUGUAAUUUAUUUUAUUUCAACGCUCUGCAUUUGUAAGACGAAUACUCAGCGUGAUAUGAAUCUCAAUUAUCAUAAGGAAUUAGAUAACAUCGGCAAGAACGUAUUACUGAUUGAACGCCUGGAGAGAAUAUUUGAAAAACGGUAGCUUAUGUUACAAAUGGAUUGUUAUUAUCAAUUAAAAAACAUUAUAAUAUUUGCAGAAACAUGAUUCACAGUAUAUUUCAAACAUUUCUUUUAUAUUUCUGAAAAGACAUUUCCCAUUGGAAAGUUCUAACCCAUUAGAAAAACGAAUUUCAAUUGAAGACAUUAUUUGAAUUACGAUUUCAUACGAUGCUUUGGUCUUAGUAUGAUACACAACAGCUUGUAAAUUUAGCUCCUACCAUUCGUUCGCUUGACUUUAUGUUUACGCUGUAAAUCUAUAGUACUUUGUGAGCGAAUACGUUAUAUUGAGUGGGUAAAAAAAACUGUCUGUAUAUACUUAAAACUACCUUCAACUUUUGUCAGCAUAUUGCGAUAAUCUUAAAUGGUGCUUUUCUUUUUCUUUUAUAAAUAUAUAAAUAUAUACAUAUAUACAAAAUAUAGAUUUGAAUGAACUUGUUUUUGGAAGUACGAUGCUUUGACGUACCUGACAUAAUUGCUGCUAAUGUAUUUUAAUAUGACGCACUCACUAUCAAUCCUUUUCUAAUUUUUCUAUAUCAUAGGUGUAAUUUACAUUAGGCGAAAUUUUAAAAUUUGCAUAUAAUAAAAACUUUUAAGUUUUAUUUUAAAACAAUAACCAAAUCGUUUAGUAUCUAAUUUUUCAGUAAAUAAUUUCAAACAUUAUCGGUUACAAUAUAUGAAUAAAAUUUAUUUCACAGAGAAUUAAUUUUAAAUUUUAUUAUUUAGAAUAAGUGAUGUAAUCAUUAACAUAGCCCACAAAUAAAUGAAAACUUAACAUCAACAAAAUGUUAAAUUUCGCUGCAUAUCUCAUAUUAAAUCAAUCAAAUAAUACUGAACAAACAGCCAAUCCAGUUCUAAAUAAGUUUAGAGGAUUAAAUUAAGUUAGAAAAUUAAAUUAAUUUAAAAAUUAAAUUUUGCAAUUUUAGCACUACAUUAUUCCAACAUAUCUUUGCUUGAUAAUAUUUUAUCAGAUCCUCCAAUAAAAUAAUGCGAUUAAAAUGUUUUACAAAAAAAAAGGGAAACGAAAUCAUUUUUUUCUCUUAAUCAUAAAAUCUUAUACAUAUUCUUGGAAUGUCCUAUUUUAAUAACCAAAGAGAAAAUAAUCGCAAGGCAAUGCUAUAGAAAAAAAUUUUUAAUUUAUUAGUGCAAAAACCAUUUUUAUUUCUUUUUGAAAUAUGAGUUUAAUUUUCUUUAUGAAAGAAAAGCAAAAUAAAGGCUUAAAUAAUUGGAAUAUGAAAAAACAUACUAAAAAUGUGUUCUAACACUUCUUAAUAAAAGAAUGUCAUAAUUACAUUUUCCACACUCUGCAAUGCAGAGUUUCUGGAAGAAGUGAAAAAAAAAUAGAAAACUACGAAACAAUUUAUUUUCUGUUCUAUUUGCCAUCACUCUAAAAUUCAUUUUCUUAAAAAAAAUUAGAGAUAUUUGUACUCAAAGCUCAAUGUUGUACAGGAAACAUUGCUUGAAGUUUAUAAAAAUUAUGUGACAAAGUGGAAAAUGUUUGUAUGAAUGGCAUCUGUUUGUACCUUUAUAUUUUAUCAUCAACAAUAAUGAUUUUGAAUCUUUGGUUUGAUUAAUGGUUAUUUCCUACAGAUUUGUUAAUACGAACAAAACUUUUCAACACCAAAAAUAAAAGAAAAAUUGCCUGUUAUUAAACUAAUACUUCGUUCAAUCCUUCACUAUAAAUCCUUCCUAGUUUGAUUGUAUAAAAUAUUGUCUGAUAUUUAAAAAAAAAAGUUUCCUUUAGAGUUUCUUUCUACAUUUUGAGAAACCUUGAUAUCUAUGUACAGUCUUCGAGAAAUUCAAUUUUAAACUUUUUUGUUUUAAUUUAUAAACAGUUUGUGUGUUUUGUAGUAAAUGCUUCUGUAUAAAAAAUGAAAUGAAUGGCAGCGAAUAGAAAGUUGUUAAUAAA